UCUGAACUUAAUAAAAUAGAACCUAAUUUUAUAGUCCUUACAUAUUUUAUUAGAUUUGUUGGACGAUUUAAGUCUCGUAAAGAACGAGAAGCAGAACUCGGAGCUAGGGCAAAAGAGUUCACCAAUGUUUACAUCAAGAAUUUUGGAGAAGAUAUGGAUGAUGAGCGCCUUAAGGAUCUCUUUGGCAAGUUUGGACCUGCCUUAAGUGUGAAAGUAAUGACUGAUGAAAGUGGAAAAUCCAAAGGUUUUGGAUUUGUAAGCUUCGAAAGGCAUGAAGAUGCACAGAAAGCUGUGGAUGAGAUGAAUGGAAAGGAGCUCAAUGGAAAACAAAUUUACGUUGGUCGAGCUCAGAAAAAAGUGGAACGGCAGACGGAACUUAAGCGCAAAUUUGAACAGAUGAAGCAAGAUAGGAUCACCAGAUACCAGGGUGUUAACCUUUACGUGAAAAAUCUUGAUGAUGGUAUUGAUGAUGAACGUCUCCGGAAAGAGUUUUCUCCUUUUGGUACAAUCACUAGUGCAAAGGUAAAGCAUGUGAUACUUUAAGAUUUGGGGAAAACCCAUGCACGUUGAUAUAUGUAGAUAAAUUUCACAUUAAUAUGCCAGAGUGUUUUUCUUAUUUUGUAAAUGAAUAGUCACAUAGGGGUUUUUUUUUUUCCCUGCCAAAACAGUUUCCCGCCCCCCCGGAAAUCAAGUUUUUGCUUCAUUGCUUCACAGACAUUCAAAUUUGAAGUAGAUACUGUAGCCUUAAUGGUUUCUUUUUUUGCCCGGGAUGAGUUCUGAAUUCUACUUGAGGAAGGCUGCAUUUGUUAACCAUAGUUAGUGAUUGAUCCUCACAUAAUAUGCAUGACUCUACUCUAUUUAACUAUUUUCCUGGUUAAAAGUGGCAACUUACUAGGGAACUAUAAUUGUUACCAGGCAAAUUUAUAUUCACUUACACAAUUCAUUCUGGGGAGUCAGACUUUAAUUUCCUUUCACUUAAAAUCAGAAAUGAUUACAGCAGUAUGAUUCUGGGAUUUUGAUUUAAGAACCUCUGUUCUAGGUGUUUUUUCUGGUGUCCACGGUCCCAAGAAUUCUCUAUGUAAAGCUUUAUGCGUAUGUAUUUUGGGGUAUGAGAGGAGUGUCUAAAACUUUAGUCAGUUUCUCAAGAGUACAAAAAAAACUAAAACUCAGUGGUCUUGGAAUGACCUCAUGGCUGAUCUCCCUACUCAUCUUUUCCUGGUAACUUCAUUGAUCAAGAAGCUUCUAUGCUAGGAAAUGUUAGGGGCAUGCUAGAUGAAUACAAAUAAAAACGAAGAGAUGGGGUGGCCUUGUGUUUUAGCCUAUGUUUUUGAGUACUUGGAGUAUGCUAGAAUGUAUUCCUGGGUGUCUUUACCCCUAGUGUGUUACCUCAAAGUUGUUGAAGUUGAAUAUUUUCAUCAGCUUUUAAAGUCGUUUGUGGAUUGUAAUGUCACUCCUUGGUGGCAAGGAUAUGAAAAUUUGGCAAGUUUAUUCUGGAGGAGGAGGUCAUAUGUUAAUAAUGCUUGCUGAAAAAGAUAUCAAAGGUGAAAGGUGAUUUCCAUCUCCAUCCCCCAUUUGGGUGUCCUUCCCAGAUAAUCUUCCAUGUUCGUCCAGAUGCUUUUUGUAGAUUAAUAAACAAUUUUUAAGAAGACCAGGAUUGUACUAUAUAGAUUCUGUGACUCAGUUUUACUUAACAGUAGCUCUAGAUACAUAUUUGCAUAUUCAUUUGAGGGCUUUUUUUUUUUUUUUGCUAAGGCUGAAUAUUCAUUGUAUAGAUAUACCAUAACUUACUUUACCUAUAUUGAUAAACAUUUUGGUUGCUUUGUGUGUUUUCACUGUUAGACCCACCAUUCUAAUAAACAUUCUUCUAUAUCUUUGCAAAAAUGCCAGUAUUUCUAAAGUUCUAGAAUUAAUAAAAUAGCUGGUUAGUGGGUAUAUAUAAUAAAAUUGACACAACCGAAUUGUCCCAAAAGGCUGGACAAAAUCCUACUAGUCUUGCCAAUUUAGUAGAAAGUGGUGUACAUCUUUUCCAGUGGUGACAUGCCUUUCAUAUGUUGACUAGUUUUGCCUGUUUGCAUAUUUUUUAUUGGAUUGGUUGUCUUUUUGUUGAUUAGAGAGAAUUUUAUGUCAGCCCUUUGUUUUAUAUUGUAAAUAUUCUCAGUCUUUAACUUAGGACUUUGGGAGUUUUUUGUCAUCUUACUUUCUCCAUAUUUUUGUGUUUUAUGUUCAGAUUCAGAAUCAAAUGUUUGGCAAUUUGAUUUUUUAGUGUGAUAUGAAUAAGAGAUGUGACUUAAUUCUUCUCGGUUUUCUCAAUGUACCAUGUACCAUAUAAUGCAAAGUCUUUGAUUAUUUUAAAAGUUAACUUUAACAUGGCUGAAUUCCCAUAACUGCAUGGGUGUGUUUUAGGGUCUUGUUCUAGGUAUAAUUGACACACUCAGGUGUAUAACAUAAUGACUUGAUGUUUCUGUUGUAUAUAUUGUGAAAUGAUCAUAAUCUAGUUAAUAUCCAUCACUAUACAUAGUUAAAUUUUUUUUUCCUCGUGAUGAAAACUUUUAAGAUCUCUCAGGAACUUUCAAAUAUGUAAUACAGCACUCUAGUCCCCAUACUGUACAUUAAUGCGUUCCCAGGAAUUAAUUUAUAGCUGGGAGUUUGUACUUUUUAAAACCUUUGUUGAUUUUCCCUACCCACCUCCUUCUGCCUUCAGCAGCCAUGAGCUCGGUUUUGUUCUGGUUCCACAUAUAAGGGAGGUCAUCGGACUGUUCGUCGGUGUUCUGUUUGCUCCUGUGCUCCACCGUACCGUUGGGUGUAGUUGUAGGACACGCUUGUGUAUAUUGCGGGCUAGUGAGGAGUUCUUUGCAUCUCCUCAUUGCUCCUUUAGAAGAUCUUUUCAGUAUUUGAAAGCUUCCUCCUGGCCAAUAUUUAUGGCCCUUUUGGUCUUGAAUGUGAAUUUUUUAUUUUGGCGGAUAUUCUGGAAUAGAUUCAGCCUCUCCUCCUUCCCCACCAAAGAAUAGUAAAGCAUCUUGUCAACUUAAAUUGCUAAGUCAAAUUUUAAUGGUGCUAAAGAGUCCAAUUUUAGGAGGCCUUUCAGAUACUUAAACCUUAAUAUUCUGUUGACAGUCUCCAAUCUUAACACAGGUUAUUUGCUGUCUUAUCCCUACCUCUUUCUCUCUUGCUUGGCUGAGAUACUGCAUGUGCAUUGCUUGCCCUUAAAGCUUUCAUUUUUUUCCACAAUUUUUCCUUAAUACCUAAAUAUUAACAGUGUUUGCUUAUUUGAGUCAGUGGCUGUAAUUGUAAUAGUAAUGCUCUCAGAGCCUCAUUCUAUCAUUGAAUUAACUUUUUUUU